AUGACCGAACCGACAAAACCAGUGGGAUUAUUCUAUCGACCGACGUCUCAUGUGUCUGGGCCAGACGCAUUUGAGCCAUCAUCGCCACAGUCGCCAUCACCAUCUGAUGGUGGCUACCAUGAGAGAGGUGAUGAAAUAUAUGAUCGCGUGUCAUUACGGCGCAAACACAUUAUUGUGACGGUGUUGUCCUUUUGCGCUUUUCUCUCGCCAUUAUCAAGUACUAGCAUCCUGGCUGCUGUUCCCGAGGUAGCACAGACAUAUAAUACGACUGGUUCUAUCAUCAACGUGAGCAAUGCUGCAUACAUGGCGCUGAUGGGCAUAUCACCUGUUAUUUGGGGGCCAAUGAGCCAGGUAUUCGGCAGACGACCUAUGACGCUAUUAACAGCUGUGCUGUUCUUCUUGUUGAGCAUGGCUACUGCUCUUGCUCCUAAUCUGGCAGCCUUCUUUGUCUUCAGAGCGCUCUCAGCCUUUGAAGGAACAGCCUUUAUCCUAUUGGGAGCGGCUUGCCUGGGAGAUAUAUAUCGCCCUACGGAGCGAGCGACUGCUCUCGGAUGGUUCAUGUCUGGAACACUGAUUGGGCCCGCACUUGGCCCAUUCAUUGGUGGCAUCUUGGUGACUUAUGCAACAUGGAGAUCUAUCUUCUGGCUCCAGACAGCAUUGGCUGGCACCGGCGUUUUGAGCGUCUUUUUCCUCGUGCCUGAGACGAUCCACCACAAAAAGAUCAAAGAUUUGGAAGGCCAAUCUAGGAACCAAAAGAUCAUAGCCGUGCUUCGCAUGACCAACCCGAUUCGAGUAAUUCGGCUGUUCCGAUAUGGGAACCAGGUACUGGUAGCACUCGCCAGUUCAGCACUUGUGUGGAACAUGUAUAGCUUGCUCACUCCCAUUCGGUACGUGCUAAACCCACGAUUUCACUUGGAAUCACCGAUCCUGUCAGGGCUUUUCUACCUUGCACCAGGUAGCGGCUACCUGCUGGGUACAUUCAUGGGAGGGAGAUGGGCAGACAGGACGGUAAAGCAAUGGAUCAAGAAGCGCAAUGGUGUACGCAUCCCAGAAGAUCGUCUGCGGUCUGCACUCCCCUUCAUGGGUAUUCUCAUGCCAAGCUGUGUACUUGUGUAUGGGUGGGCGGUAGACAAAGCGGUGGGCGGCAUCCCAGUGCCAGUUAUUAUGCUCUUCUUGCAGGGCGUUGGGCAGCUCUUUGCCUUUCCCUCUUUGAAUACGUACUGCUUGGACGUAAUGCCCGGACGCGGUGCAGAGGUAACGGCAGCAAAUUACUUUGUCCGUUACCUGGCUGGUUGCGUGGGAACUGCCGUCGUUCUGCCAGCCAUCGACGGAAUCGGUGUUGGCUGGUUUGAGACUCUUUCAACGGGAUUGAUGGUCCUCUCAACACUCGGCGUCAUGGCUACUAUUCGAUGGGGUAAAGAGUGGAGGGAAAGUAUCGACGCAAAAAAGAAAGACUCGGCCAGCGGCGAGAGCGGCGAGGUGACUGACGUGGAAGACCAGGCAAGCAAUCACGGCCGGCAAAAUGACGAGGCCAAGGCUAUGGAUGAGGAAAAGCCAAAAGAAUCAGUUUGA